AUGAAGGCUGAUGCGGAAAGGAAGAACCACAGCGUGGUGACGGAGUUCAUUCUGUUGGGACUUUCAGAUCAGAGAGAGUUGCAGGAACUCAUCUUUGUGGUAUUUUCCCUGGUCUGUGCAGUGGCUGUGCUGGGAAACCUCACUAUAAUCACAGUGGCCUCCUUGGACACUCAGCUGCACACACCCAUGUACUUCUUCCUCAGCAACCUGGCCUUCUUGAACAUCUGUUAUGUCUCUAUUGUGGUCCCUAAAAUGCUGCCAAACAUCCUAACAGGGAGAAAGAGCAUCUCCUAUGAGCUGUGUGCAGCGCAAGUGUACAUCACUGUGUUCCUGGGCUCUGCUGAAUGCCUCAUCCUCCUGGUGAUGGCGUUCGACUGA